AUGUCUCCGGAGUCAGGCACCCACCGCCGCCCGCAAACCCCAACGGGGGCGCCGGCCCUAGUGGCCGUAAGCGCCCAGAGCCCCGCCGCCGGCCGAGGCCACGCGGGCCCCAGUGCAUGCCGCCGGCCCGUGAACCCUAGUGGGGUGCCCAGCCCGGGGCGCAUGGAGCAGAACCGACCGCAGCCCGAGGCCUGCGCCUUCGCGCUCCCGCCUCCACCGCCUGCUCCUAGAGCACGGCCGCCAGCCCGCCGGCCUGCGCUCCCCUGGGCCUCGCCGCUUUACUGCCGCGUCUCCACAGGACGCAUGCCCUGCUCCACCGCCCCCCCCCCCCAACCUGGCGCCAAAUCGCCGUGGCGGGAUAACUCUUUCCGGCCCCGCGUCCCGGGACUCUCGGAGCCCCGCAAGCCCAUCCAUGCCUGCCUUCUCUCUAUGCGAUGGUUGAAGACCUACUUGCUUCCCUCUGGGGUCCUUUUCCUGGUGAUUCUCACUCUGGUCUUCUUCAGCUAUGGGUUCUUCAGCCCCAGCAGCCAGGUGCAGAGAGGCCUGGGAGCUGUGACCAGUGUGGAUGCGGAGGAGCUGGAGCAGCGGCAGGGCUCCUUGUCCAGGUUGGCGUAUCCCCAGCCGAUGGCACUGACGCCCACGAGGAAAGAUGUCCUCAUCCUCACUCCGUGGCUGGCCCCCAUCAUCUGGGAGGGGACCUUCAACAUUGACAUCCUGAAUGAACAGUUCCAGCUUCAGAACAUCACUGUGGGGCUAUCCGUGUUUGCCGUCAAAAAGUACGUCACCUUCCUGAAGCGGUUCCUGGAGUCCGCGGAGCAGCACUUCAUGGUGGGCUUCCGGGUCAACUACUACGUGUUCACCGACCGGCCGGCCGCCGUGCCCCGGGUGGCGCUGGGGCCGGGGCGGCGGCUGGAGGUGCGGCCCGUGCGCGGCUAUGCGCGCUGGCAGGACGUGUCCAUGCGCCGCAUGGGCGUGCUCAGCCAGUUCCUGGCGCGGCGCGGCGCGGCCCACGUGGCCUACCUGGUGUGCGCCGACGUGGACCUGGAGUUCGCCGACCACGUGGGCGCAGAGAUCCUGAGCCCGCUCUUCGGCACCCUGCACCCCGGCUUCUACAGGGCCAGGCGGGACGCCUUCACCUACGAGCGCCGGCCCGGCUCCCAGGCCUACAUCCCCCGGGACCAGGGCGACUUCUACUACAUGGGGGGCCUUUUUGGGGGGUCAGUGGCGGAGGUGCAGCGGCUCACCAAGGCCUGUCACGAGGCCAUGGUGCGGGACUGGGCCAACAACAUAGAGGCUGUGUGGCACGACGAGAGCCACCUGAACAAGUACCUGCUCCACCACAAGCCCACCAAGGUGCUGUCCCCCGAGUACUUUUGGGACCUGCACAUGCUGUCCCGGCCCUCUGUUCUGAGGAAACUACGGACCAUAGCCGUGCCCAAGAACCACCAGGAGAUCCGCAACAGAUAG